UCUUCAUCAGAAAACGGAAUUGAAGUGUCGGCGCCAUCUGAUCACCAACUGGUCUGAUUGUGCUGAAACUUAGCCGGCCGUUCAUAAAUAUCGCCUAGACUUCCCCACGCGGUUGAGCUUGGACCAUCUCAGCCUCACCGGCCAGUUUCGCCGUCGCCUGGUCGGCUGCAGGCGGAAGUUUGUCCGUUGAAGGAGGAGGGCAACAAACGCAACAUGCAGAUCAGAGGAGGAAUUGGAUCGGGCUAAAUAGAUUGGACUGGAUUGAUAUUACUCCGUCCCGUCAAGAUUAUCUCAUACUGCACAUGGUAUAAGAGAGAAAACAUAACGCCAAUCUUGAUAAUGAAUUUCAUUCCUACCAAUAAUUCAUCUAUGGAUGCGGAGGAAGAGGAUUCAAGCUCAUUAACGUUACCAGAAAAAUUAUGCAUUUCCCUUCUGCCAAUUAUUGCGGCCGGAUUCGAGGCAUUGAUGUUCGUAGUCUCGGGUUGUUUCCAACCCAGAUACGAUAAUACUCCUCCCCACAAUCAACAGAAGAAGAAGAUGCAUCCUUCCCAACAAGAUAUUUCUCGACUAGCCAAUCAAUCUCGGUUUACGUUGAACGAAGUGGAAACAUUAUACGAGCUGUAUAAGAAGCUGAGUUGCUCUCUAAUCAAGGAUGGUUUGAUUCAUAAGGAAGAGUUUCAGCUAGCACUUUUCCAUACACCAUUUGGGAAGAACCUCUUUCUGGAUCGGGUAUUUGAUGUGUUUGACGAGAAGAGGAAUGGGAUAAUUGAUUUUGAGGAAUUCAUCCAUGCCUUAAACGUGUUUCAUCCCAACGCACCAAUUGAGGAGAAAAUCGAGUUUUGGGAAAAUUUGCAGUUGCAUUUAGAAUUUACGACCUCAGGCAAACCGGCUUCAUUGAGCGUGAAGAAGUUAAGGAGAUGGUGAUUGCAAUUCUGCUGGAAUCUGGGACAAAACUAUCCGAUGAUCUUGUGGAGGAAAUUGUUGACAAGACAUUUGUAGAUAUGGAUGUUGACAUGGAUGGCAGAAUUGAUAAGGAGGAAUGGAAGAGCUUUGUAAUUCGCCACCCUUCUCUAUUGAAGAACAUGACUCUUCCUUAUCUCAAGGAUGUUACGAGUGCAUUUGCAAGUUUUGUUUUCAACGCCAAGACAUGAUGAAAAAUGAACAAUAGAAACCAUGUCAUGUGCUAUUGUGAAAUUUCAUUAUUUAUGUACAUGUUUAUGUAGCCACAAGUUUUUUCUUGUGAGUUCUUCUUAUUUCUUUUGAACUUUAAUUACUUCUCAAGUAUUUCUACAUAGUUUCUUGUUCGUCUUUUGUGGGGAUGAGCGGGCAUUCACGAGGUAGGAACAAAAUUAUUAGUUGAAGGGGAGUGGUGGUUGAAACCAUUGCUAGCAGGUGGAAUAUUUAAUUCAUUGAGGAUUUCUUUGUAUAAUACUUUUUUAAUAUGUAAGAAAUUCAAAUUAGGUUUACUAUGUGUGUCUCAGUGUCUUGGUAGUGCAAGGUUUUGAGUUUUAAUUUGCCCGUUGCAGAGAGAUAUUCAUUCACGUAAAAGGGCAAGCAUAAAUUUUCAUCAAACCUCAAUUGAUAUUACCCAUAAUUGGAUAGUAAAGUUUGGUAAUAAUACAAGAGAAUAUUGGGACUGGGCUCAUUUCAUUGCAAGAUUGGAUUUACGUUCUCAAUUUUUUUUAUUUGAAUAGUUAUUUUGUACAUUGUAACGUCACUUCUUGUUGUACUUGGGUUAUUCAUCCAUUAAAUAAUACGGAGUAAGAUAUAUUUGGAACACUACAUAUAAAUCAUGUUUGGUUCAAAGGACGCAGUCCCAAAAGCGUCCCGACUUUUGCAGACCCCAAAAGUCUCCUGAAUUUUACCAUCUAUCUUGAAGUGAAAUUGACUGAAGUUGAUCAAGAUGUGGGAAGUUACAAUCAAGUACAACUUUUGGGCUCGAGUAAAUAGAGUAUAUUUGUAGUAAAUAGAGCCUAAUUUAAGUAAAUAGAGUCUCGGUUUUGUGUUUUGGUAUAAAAGUACCCAUAAUGUAUUUUUUUUGUAAAUGAAGCCUGUUUUAGAACUCGGUAUAAAAACCUUUUUGUAAUUUUCUGUAAUUUUUUGUAAUUGAAGCUUGUUUAAAAAUUGAUACUCC